AAUUUUUUUAAAGUUUAGAAGAAAUUUUCAUUUAAAUAUGGCUGAAGUCGAACAAAUCAAACAAAAUCAGAACGUUAUUAGUGAGGAAGAGAAACAACAACUUGAAGCUUUAAAUCGUUCUUUAUUCGCUACAAUUGCUGAAUAUACAAAAAUUCGAAAUGAACAUGCAAAAUUGAUUGAAUCACAAUUAUGUCCUAUUAGAUGUGAUAUUGAAAGACGCAUUCGAGCAGCGGAUUUAGACAAUUUCGACAAACAAAAAUUGGGCACAGUUUGUAAUGAUUUGCUUAAUGGUCUUCGUCAAAAAGGCCGUCAAUUGUGUGAUCUAUGUGAUGCUAUCAAAAUGAGCUCGGAAAAUUUGAAUCAAUUAAAACUGUGUUUAGCUGAAUGGAGUGUCGGAUCUGGAAAGGAAACGAAAGGAAUAAGGCCAAUUUGCUCGUCUUUUGAUAUGCAAAAACGUCUUGAACUUCUAGAAAACCAUUAUGAGAAGUCAUUAAGCGAUUUUGGACGUGCGAAAAAUGAUUUGGACAUUUUGGACAAACAUUUGGAAUUUAAUGGGAAUUUGUUACAAAGUUUAUCAUCUUCACUUCAAACCGACGUUUUAACACCACUUGAACAGCACCAAUUAAUCCGUACCAACGAUAACAUUUCCAAAAUGUGCGCCAAAUUGGAGACAAGAAUCCGACAAAUUCGAACCCAACAAGAACUCCAAGAAUCGAAAAAAUUAAAUAAAAAAUCUGAAAAGGCUGGGACAAGCAAACUUUUUUCUUCUAAAAAUUCUGAAGAUGUUGCCUUUUUUUGUGUGCUUAAAUUGGAGCAAUUAAACAUUUUUGAAGAUGGGAAAGAGGGGAAGGUGAAGAUGCAAAGUGACAAUAAUUUGGCUAAUUUUAGACAAAAUUUGUUCAAUUAUAUGGAGAAUCACAAUUUAUACAAAAUACCUUUGGAAGGUAAUGGCAUUCGUCAAAUUCAACCAAUUCGGCCGUCCUUUCCCUCUGUUAAAGAUAAUCAAAAGAAGCCUAAAGAUGUUGAAAAUGAUGAACAAAAAUUGAAAAAUGCCCUUUUGGAAGGUUUAAAACAACCCAAAAAGCAAUUAGUUUCUAUUGGUGUACAAUCACCCGAUUUUAUGGCUUUAACUCCUCAAAAAGGGUCGGGGAGGGUUUAUGAAACCAAGAAAAGAGCUCGAUAUCUGAGAAAUUUUGGGAAGUAUAGUGAUUCAUGUGUCUAUUUUUUGAUUUUAUAUGGACUGUCCAAAAGGGACGACUGCUUUUAAAAUAACUUGAAUUAAUAUACGAACUGAAAUUUUCUUGGUUCAGGCC